AUGGCGUCUGCUAAUCUAAGAGCAGAGCUGGAAUGUCCUAUCUGUCUGAACAUUUAUACAGAUCCUGUAAUGCUGGGAUGUGGACACAACUACUGCCGGGGCUGUAUUGAUCGUGUGCUGGAUACCCAGGAAGGGUCUGGAGGUUAUUCCUGUCCUGAAUGCAGAGAGAAGUUCCAGGAGCGGCCUGCACUGCAGAAAAACAGGAAACUACGUAACAUAGUGGAGAAUUUCCUAUCCACACAACCAGAGCCAGAGGAGUCCGGAGUCUUCUGUACGUACUGUAUUCACGCUCCUGUACCUGCUGUUAAAUCCUGUCUGCACUGUGAAGCUUCUCUGUGUAUUAACCACCUGAAAGUUCACAGCAAGUCACCUGAACACAUCUUAUCUGAUCCC